CCUAGCAGUUUGCCACUGGCUUUGCAGCCUCCUGGUUGCCUCAGUCCAGGCAAGGAGCUGGCAAUCUCCUUUGUAGUUUCAGGAGCAGUUCUGUUACCAUGGAGGCCACAUUCUGAUUUGAAGAGUGUAAAGCUUCAAAACACAAGCUUGCCAAGAGCCUUUGGAGGAAAACCUGCCGCUUCCAUCAAUUUCACACAAAUGGUUGAUCCUGGAGGUGGUGCUGUUUGCAAUGGAACACUUCACAAUCAGAGUGACCACUGUCACAGAAAAAACUGCACAAGGAACGGGAUGGUGAAAGAAGCCCAGCAAAAUGGAAAUUCAAAUUUUUAUAAGCCAGUUGUUGAAUCCUUUGAGGAAGCACCUCUACAUGUUAUGGUUUUCACUUACUUGGGAUACGGAAUUGGAACGCUGUUUGGCUAUCUCAGAGAUUUUUUGAGAAACUGGGGAAUAGAAAAAUGCAAUGCAGCCAUAGAGAGAGAAGAGCAAAAAGAUUUUGUGCCGCUGUAUCAAAGCUUUGAGAAUUUUUAUACACGGAACCUUUACAUGAGAAUCAGAGACAACUGGAACCGGCCAAUCUGCAGUGCCCCAGGGGCUCUGUUCGAUGUGAUGGAGAGGGUGUCAGAUGACUACAACUGGACAUUUAGGUUUACUGGAAGAAUCAUCAAAGAUGUCAUCAAUAUGGGUUCCUAUAACUUCCUUGGCCUAGCAGCCAAGUACGAUGAAUCUAUGAAAACAGUAAAGGAUGCUUUAGAGACGUAUGGCCUGGGAGUGGGCAGCACCAGACAUGAAAUGGGAACCUUGGAUAAGCAUAAAGAGUUGGAGGACCUCGUGGCUAAGUUCCUCAAUGUAGAAGCUGCUAUGGUCUUUGGGAUGGGAUUUGCAACGAACUCAAUGAAUAUCCCUGCACUCGUUGGAAAGGGAUGCCUCAUUUUAAGCGAUGAGUUAAACCAUGCAUCUCUUGUGCUUGGGGCCCGACUCUCGGGUGCAACCAUAAGGAUCUUCAAACACAACAACAUGCAAAGCCUAGAGAAGCUCCUGAGAGAUGCUGUAAUCUACGGUCAGCCUCGAACCCGCAGAGCUUGGAAAAAGAUUCUCAUCCUAGUGGAGGGCAUCUACAGCAUGGAAGGUUCCAUCGUGCGUCUGCCCCAGAUCGUGGCUCUAAAGAAGAAAUACAAGGCUUACCUCUACGUAGAUGAAGCUCACAGUAUUGGGUCCUUGGGCCCGACCGGCCGGGGUGUGAUGGAGUUCUUUGCAAUGGACCCCAGAGAUAUUGAUGUAUUUAUGGGCACAUUCACCAAAAGCUUUGGCGCCUCGGGAGGUUACAUAGCUGGAAGGAAGGACCUUGUGGAUUAUUUACGGGCUCACUCACAUAGCGCUGCUUAUGCCACCUCCAUGAGCCCCCCGAUAGCAGAGCAAAUCAUCAGAGCAAUGAAACUCAUCAUGGGACUAGAUGGGACCACGCAAGGGUUGCAGAGAGUACAGCAACUUGCAGAAAACACAAGAUACUUCAGACAGAGACUGAGUGAAAUGGGAUUCAUUAUCUAUGGCAAUGAGGAAUCUCCCGUUGUUCCCCUGCUCCUUUACAUGCCUGCUAAAGUAGCGGCUUUUGCAAGGCAUCUAUUAAAGAGAAAAAUCGGCGUGGUGGUCGUUGGAUUUCCAGCUACUCCCCUUGCAGAAGCCCGGGCUCGGUUCUGUGUUUCAGCAGCACAUACCCGGGAGAUGUUAGACGCAGUUUUGGAAGCCCUGGAUGAGAUGGGUGACCUCCUGCAUGUGAAAUAUUCCCGGAACAGGAAGUCAGCACGCCCCGAACUCUACGACGAGACGAGCUUUGAACUUGAGGAUUGAGUUUCCUGGACCUGAAUGGAGCCUAAAGACUUUGCCAGAAAGACCUCCCUCCUUGCCUCCAAAGAAAUAUAAAUAGAUUUCUUCUCCUUUCUAAGGACA